GUACUUCGUCCGUAACAUCGCCAUCUUGGAAAGAAACGACGUCCAAAACGUGAUAUCACAAAACUUUCCAAGGGUUUCAAAAUGACUACGGCGGAAAUUUGCGUGAAAAAGGCAAAGCUCAGUGAACAGGCAGAGCGUUAUGAUGAUAUGGCUGCAACCAUGAAAUCGCGAGUGAUGUUGGGAGACGAACUGUCAAACGAGGAGAGAAAUUUACUAUCAGUCGCUUACAAAAAUGUUGUUGGUGCUCGUCGCUCGUCUUGGAGAGUUAUUUCGAGUAUAGAAUCCAAAAGUGCAGAUGGAGAUAAGAAGACUUUAAUGGCAAAAGAAUACAGACAGAAAAUAGAGAAAGAAUUAGAAGAAAUUUGUAAAGAAGUUUUGGAAUUACUUGAAAAUCCUCUAAUACCAAAAGCCAACACUGAUGAAAGUAAGGUUUUCUACUUGAAAAUGAAGGGAGAUUAUUACCGGUACCUAGCUGAAGUCAGCACAGAUGCAAAUAGAGCUACUGUGGUAGAUCAAUCUAGAGAUGCUUAUCAAGCUGCAAUGGAAUGUGCAAAAGAAAAAAUGCAGCCAACUCAUCCAAUACGUCUUGGCUUGGCUUUAAACUACUCCGUAUUUCACUAUGAAAUUAAGAACUCACCGCCUGAUGCUUGCGAGCUGGCCAAACAGGCAUUUGAUGAUGCGAUAGCAGAAUUAGACACAUUAAAUGAAGACUCAUACAAAGACAGCACUUUGAUAAUGCAGCUCCUAAGAGAUAAUCUGACGUUAUGGACAUCUGAUACUGGAAAUGAUGAUCAACAAGAUGAUAACAACUGAUACGUAGAACAAUAGCUUCAUUCGCUAUUUAUAUAACAUUACUAGUGAACUCUUGAAUUACUAUUAGUAUCAUUGUUUUAUUGAGACACUUUUCAUUUCUAUAAGUCAUUUGUCAAGCUUAACAAUCUUAGUGGACAAGGGUUAUGUUUAAUGUAUUUUGAGGUGAUAUUUUCGGCUUGUUUGUUGUAUACGGCGUAAUGUAACCACCAUGUAGACAGUGUAUUUUUUUUAUAUACAUGGUGAAUACCAGGUUUGUGUUAUUACAGUGGAAGACUAAAACAGUAUUGAUGUUUACAUGGUUUUAAAGCUCAGAUAUAAAUAUAUAUAUAUAUUUUUUCAUGGCAUGGUUUAAGUUUGAAAUUUUGUAUUUAGUUUUCAUAAUGAUGUUGAACAUUUGAAUACAUAAAUAGCCUAUGCUUUUUAAUGUUGGAAUAUUUUUUUUUCCCCCAAAGUUUUUUUUUUCUUAAGAAAUACAUUUUUGUUGAACAUGAAUUUGAACUGGACGUUGAAGUUUCUAGAAGAAUAUAGGAUUUUUUAAAGAUGCCAUUAUUGUAGAGUGAUACAGAAAGAUGGCCCUUGUGUACUGAAAUUCUCAUUUUCGGUGUUUCAUUAAGUGAUUUGAAGCCGCCAUGUUUUUCACUGAUAUGACAUGUUUUUUUCUUCUAUAUGUUUGUUCUUGUUUUUUGUCUCCAAAUAACACGUCAAGUUGUCUUGUGUAAUGUUUUAUAUAUACAAGUUAUAUAGUUUGCUUAGUUAGAUGCUUGAAACGUCAAAAACAAACCUAAAAAAAUUAUAUAUAUAUUGAACAUGUAUAUCUAAAGAAAAAACCCUUUAAAAAUUUAAAGCUUAUAUAAAUUUGGACUUUUUGCUCUUGACUCUUGUGAUUUCAUUUUUGAUUAAAUUCAACAUUUUUUUUUCAAAAUAGGAACAUUUUCAUGUGAUGUUUUUUCAUUUUUCGUAUUACAAUAUUAGCUUAAAACAAAAAAAAAAUCAUAUUCAUAAAAAGGGAAAAUUUUGUUUGGCAAACAUAAAAUUACAAUACAGUGUUUUAAUGUCUGAUGGAAAACACAGCAUCAUUUAUCAAGGAUGGACAUUUUGAUUUUGCAUUUCUCAUAUUACAGGUAGGGAAAAUAAGACACGUUAUGGAUUAAUCUGGUUCAUUAAAUGUUAGACCAGCCUUAUUAUAUCUCAUACAAAUUACAAUGUGUUGUUGUUAUUGUUGUUGUUGUUGUUGUAAUUGGCAAAAUCAUAUUUGAACUCUGAAAAACAAAAUUAGCUAAAGGGAAAAAUCAAAGUGCUGCGAGCAUGGAGAUAAUUAUUGCUUUUGGGGGAUUAUAUUGAGGUCUGAAAACAGGAAAGGCACGGAUGUGGCCAUCAAAGUGUGGUUUUCUUUUUUUUUUUUCUCAAAUCAAAAUAGCUGUUGUGAAAUUAUAGCUUAAUUUCAAUGUUGUUGGGCCCGUACAGUUCCGUCUUAAAUAUUUAUCAUGCCAUAAUGUACCAAGAAGAUGUUAAUCUGUGAUGCGCUUCGAACCCAUGUUUUACCAUUGAAAGUCAUUUGCUCCUUCUGCCGAAUAUCUAACAUAGCUUUUUAUAUAAUCCUUCCAUUAUAUGUUUUUUUUACUUCAAAAUAAAGUCGCCUAGAUAGAAGAAUUCAUUUUACAAAAAUCAGGGUUGAAAAGAUUAGUUAGCAGUCGGCAUGUCAAUAUUUUAAACUACCUUAGAUAGUACACUUCUUUUCUGAUUAAAAGAGUCCAUUUCAUGAAAUUAGGUUUACUGGAAGAAAGAUGAAAUAUAUAAGUAACUAAACUAGUCAAUACAAGGUAUAUUAACAUGUAUGUACAGAUGUAACAAAAAAAAUAGAAAUAAAUUCUUUGAUGAGUAUACGGGAAGAAAAAUAUAUUUCUGGAUCACCCCUCGUAUAUACCAAAAAUAUAAAAAAUUGCGAACUUUUUUUGUAAAGCAAAAUGUAUGCUUAUAAUUGUCAUAUUGUAUGGAGAUCAUGACCAUAUUGUUUUGUAUAACAGUUAAGGUGAUGAUGUUUUGGAAUAAAUGAGGAUUUCAUUGGCUGUUAAUUCUGAUAAAUAGAAACAGGCCCUGUGUUCACAAAGGAUCGAGGAUCAGGAUUAAAACAAGUUUCAAAAUUUCUCCUGAAUUGAUGUUUAUAUGUUUAAACAUUCCGAGUUAACUCCAGGGUGAACUUGAAAUGGUAUCGGAGGGUGAAAUUUAAGGAUGUUCCCUAAUCACUGUGCAAAAAUAUUCAAUAGGUGCGUUUCUUAAAAGUUGAUCCAACUAUUGAUUGUGGUCUUAAAAUUUGGUUUUUAAAUAAUUCUAACCUUUUGAAAAUGAAAGAUGUUAUUGGAAAUCAGAAGGUAUUAGUAGUGUAAUCAUUUUGAAAUUGUUCCAAAGGGUAUUGGUAAAAUUUUAAGAUUCAUAAAAUAUACAAACAAAGUCAAGAUCAUGUGAUACUUUGCUAUUUGUGAGCAUGGGGUCUAGUGUUUUUCAUUUGUUGUCUUUUUUUCUCUGUAGGUUAGAGUAUAUUAUGCAAGAAUGUGCUAAUGAAAAGGGAAAGAGUGCUAGGUUAUAUAAAAUUGCCCUUCUUCUUUUAUUACUGUUUUUCUCUGGUUUCAUUUGUUGUUGUUGUUUUGUUUCUUCUUUUUUUUUCUAUUAAAAACAUAGAAGCUUAAGGUUGAAAAUGUGACUUCCUUGUUUAUCAGUGAUUUUAAAAUGUUUUUGAUUAAGGGACUUUUGUUUGGUAUCUUUACCAGAUCUGAUUGAAGGCAAGUGCUAAAUAAAAACUUUCAUAGUUUUUUUCCCAGUGACAUUUCUCUGCAUAGCAGUUCAAUAAGCAGAGUUUUUUUUUAAAAAUAGAUUAUUAUAUGUCUUUUUUUCCUUCUUUUUCUUCAAACAUAUAUAGACAAAACUACAUCCUUCACAUGUUCCCUUUGGCUUACAAAAAGUAUUAGUGAAGUAAGGAAAGCUAGGGGACAUUCUUCGGGCAUGAUGUAAUUUUUUCUUUAAGAAGGAAACUUUGGUUGAUGAGAAAAAAGGCCCGAAAAAGGUUUUAUUCAGAAAAAAAAAUCAUAUUGACUUGUUGAUAUUAAUUUUUAUGUAGAAAAAAUAAAAGAAUAAGUACUUGUAUCGUGUAUGUAGUGUGUUUGGAUAGUAUUCCCCCACCCACCAAGAGUGAAUGACUGGAUUAUAUGAGUGUAUCUUCUUGCCGUCUGGUAGAUUGUUUAAGUCUUGAAAGAAAAACUUGUAAUCAAUGAUGUUAAGAUUUUUUUAGUCUUUAAUUUGUGAUAUGUGGAAAACUAGGAAAUUGGUAUUUAUAUAACAGAAAUAACUUUGCUAUGGUCAAAUUUAGCUGUGUGAGAAAAGAGGUUUUUAUAUCGGACAGAAAAAAAAUACUGUAAAAAAGAAAUAUUUUCCUGUUGGGAAAUAAUGUUUGCAUUGUUAAGGGUUGUAUUUUUUUGUUCAUAUGAAAAUUUCACAUGAAGAAUAUUUUCAAAUUCCACUUUGGAGAGUUAAUAUUUGUCAUAAGAAUAACUGAAUAUGACUCAUAGCAAUAGUUAUUGUUUUAUGGCAUUAUCUACAGGCAUAUUUAAUUUACAUUAAUUAUUCAGUCUGUUAAAUUAGAAAAGGGGGUGGGGUUGUGCAGUUCUGCAUUUGCAUAAUACCAAGUUCUUUGUUUUUUGGAUGAGAGAAGAUGAUGUAAGAUUUUGCUAUGAUGAGGUGUUUUUGUUUAUUUGUUGUUUGAUUUUUUUAUAUAUUAUUUUCAGGAAUAAGACUUGAUUAUGCUAGAGUGAAGAAUAUUACAUGAUUUUAAUAAUAAAUAUAUAAUUUAUAUUAACAAACAAGCGAUUUUAUUCAAGAAAAGAUUUCGGAUAUAAACAAAAGACUUUUUAAUUGACAUGGUUGUAAUACUCUGUAAUGAACUGGAAUAAAAAACAUGGCUUUUGUUCAGCUUGAAAGUACAAAGUCUAGGUUUUUAUCUUUCUUUAAUGGACAUAAACCACUUUGAAGGAAUAUAAUCUUUGUUUUUUCUUUUUUUAUCACAAAAUAUUGACCUUUUUUGUUCUUUUCAUGACUUCUAAUUUUGACUUUCAAAGUAUGUAUUUUAAUAUAGUACUAGAAGUUAUAUUACCAAUAUAAACUAGAUAUAUGUUACAAUAUAUAACCGGGUAUGUCACUGAACAGGAGCAGGCAAACAUUAAUGGUAGACUGCCAAAUUUUCCAGUUCAUUUACUCUUUUUCGCCCAUAUUUAGUCUUUUUUGUAGUGUUGAAACAAGAUGCUUCAUAGAUCUUAGUUUGGUGUUUUAAGUUUCGUAAUUGUAUUGACAUGCAAUAAACAUUUCUCCAUUUA